CCCCCCACUUCCCGACAGUCAUCUCAAAAGUCCAACUCAAAAGAGACUAAUAAUGCAUCUAUGAGCGGACUCAGCCCAGAGGAAAUUAAGAAGAGACGCCGUUCUUCAGUGCCAGGCCUCAUAGGUGGCUUACUGCGAGUUGUGAUGACCGAUUCUUUGCAGACAAGGGUGCAGUCCUUGGUUGCCCCAAAUGUCAUGUUUUGACAGGGAUUUAGACCUAGUCUAGACUUUCCUGCGAGCUGAUACUGAAACGAUGGCUGAACCGAAACCGUAGUUCCGCACUGAAGUGCGGAUCAUCAGAAUGUCCUACCAUAUCUUCGGGUUCGCACUAUCGGGAGAGCAUCUUGGGAGAGUCUAGCGACCGACUUUUAUCGUGGAGAAGACCGAAGAUCUUUCUAUUCUCACUAUCUUUGAUCAAAGUUAAGCCUCGGAGCCUCAACUAAAUUGGCUAACAGGGAGACUUGAGACUCCACAACCUGAGCUAUUUGCUUGUCGUAUGGUUGCGCAUGCUGGCAUGUCUCUGUCCACCUCCUUGCUUGGGAUCGUUCAUGAUGUGCGUUUUAUUUGGUCAAGUUACGAAAAACUCUAUUAAGUCCUAACUUUGCCGCUGGCUUCGGCACGCUAAAUAGGGUACAGUACUUGGUUCAAACAAUACGCCUCUUUUCAUCCCAAACCUAACCAUCUCCAACAUCUGCGCUACAUACCGUCUUGGUGACCCAAGGUUUGCUUCUUGGUAUGCGAAGCUUGACUGUGUCAUCCAGUACAAACUUGCUCAAUAUGAUGUUGCUGCUUGUCAUGUGCGGAUUGACGCCAUCGCCUCAACAAACAACCUAGUCGCCUCACCAGCCCUGCCUGCAAUUAGGCUGGACCAAACAGGACUUUGACAGAUGCACCGUUCCCCCUUCAUGGCCCAUUGCAGAAUUUCCAUGGACUCGCGGAUGCAACAUCGCCUCCCGCUAGCUAGUCUGCUAGUGGCUUGAAGAAUUCGGCUAGAAACAUGCCUCAAAAUGGUCUCCAAGACGGUAAGAGGCAAGGGUGCUUGAAGACAUCACUUUCACACCCUCUCUCUCUUCUCGGUCAAUGGCAGGUCUGGUACCUUGCAUCCGGCGUAUCACACCCAUGCUCAACACGCAUCAACUUCCAUUUGACACCCCCCCAUCACCGGCGAUGAGUUGGAGACCCUUGCCCUGCAUUUGAUCAGAUCCGCCGGGUUGGUUGGUGCAAUCCUAGCGUGUGUGAUUCACUCGCAGCUGUGAGAUAUAUCUCACAGUGAGCCCCCCCUUGCGUUCCUCUCAUUAAUUCUGUUUUGUGAAUUAUUUCAUUCUUUGAGCCUUUUCUUUCGACCCUCCCGCGACCUUUGAGGACUGGGCCAUGCUCGAGCUCGAAAAGUUGUUCGUGACGCUGCAGCGCCAUGGCCACUAAUAAAGAUAUUGACCUUCAUGAAGAGAAUGGGUCUGCUUUGGUCGCAACAGCGAUCACUCUCUUGACAUUAAGCUGGUUCUCUGUCGGGCUGCGCACAUAUACAAGGGCUGUCUUGAUAAAAAGUUUGCAGCUCGAUGACUGGCUUAUGCUCGUUGCUCAGAUCAUCUUCACGAUAUCAUGUGCAUUCAUCCUUGAAGGUGUCCAGCAGGGAAUUGGAAAGCACAAUGACGCCAUAAAAGACGACGAGGCCAAAGUUCAAGCCCUUAUGUGGCAGGCUUUGGCAACAGCGACCUAUAUUUUGGACAUGAUGUUCAUAAAACUCAGCAUUGGCGUCUUCUUGCUCCGUUUAUGUGUCAAGAAGGUCUACAUCUGGAUUAUCCGGAUCAGUUUAGCUAUUAUCAGCAUCUGGAGUAUAGUUCUCUUUUUCUGGAACCUAUUCCAGUGCAAACCAGUCGAAAUGCAGUGGGACUUCAGAAUAAAAGACGGUACUUGCGUAAGUGCAGACCAGAUCGUCUCAGCGGCCUAUGCCAUAAGUGUCAUGACAGUCGUUUCUGACUGGCUCUACGCCCUUCUCCCAAUCCCAAUGCUGUGGUCGGUCAAGAUGACCAAACAAGCAAAGACAACUGUUAUUGCAAUUUUGGGGCUAGGCAUAUUUGCCAGUGUCGCGACCCUUGUACGCCUACGAUUCCUUGCGGAUCUUACUGAUACGGAAGACAUUCUAUUUGCUGGAACCGAUGCCAUGGUUUGGACACUGAUAGAACCAGGUGUCGCUAUUGUUGCAUCAAGCCUAGCUACCAUCCGACCACUUCUUCGUGCUAUGAGGAUCAGAGGCUUCGAAUCGACCGAAAACACUUAUGGCACAGGCCACUCUGCUGCUGUGAGAUCAAACGCAAACCGUUCCAAAGCCGCAAUCUUGAUUAUGCCAGGCUUUGGCCCUGAAGAUGUCUCACUGACCAACAUGGUGUCACAAAACAACAUGACGUCCCCAUCACACUUAAACGAUAUCGAAAUCCUCCCUCCACGGCACGCGGGCGACGGCCCUAUCUCGCCUGGUCAAGCGAGCAUCGUUAAAAGCGAGAUCCUGGUGAUACAAGGCAAUAGCUCGCCCCCGUCGUCCUGGCAAAGUCGAAAUGAUCGCUCUGCUUCUAGCUCUUUCGACCAAAUCCACGACCUCGAGGCAUACAGCCAAGAACUCGAACGCGAUGAUAUGAGGGGCAGAGGCAGAUGAAUGGAAUUAUGAUACGAUACCCAACGGAGAUGAAAGCGCCCGAUAUUUGGCUAUUCCUUUCUUUUUCUGUCGCAACAACGACAUCUUACAGGGGACUUUUUGUCCUUGUACUCAUUCGGGAAAGGGAGCAAUAGGCGUCAGGAUUAGGGUUGGGCUGGAACAUACAGGAAGCAAAAUUAGUAGGUUUGCCACAAUGGGUUUGGCCUUUGAAAGGAGAGGCAAUAGAUUUUUAGUAAAAGGCUAUGCGUCAGCAGAGGCCUGAUAGAUGGCACAUUGAAUAAGGUUCACAUGUUUGGUUAGACUCUAAUGUCUUUAUGAUAAUCAAGCAGUUUUGCAACACUUUCUUCAACUUUCUUGACCCCUUUAUCAUCAAUAUUGAUACUAAUGGUCC